AGGGCAGUUUGAGCUGCCAGAGAAUCUCUGUGGGGAGACUUGUCGAUAACCGUAAAGAAAAGCCAGAUCAGUAAAUAACACUGAUUUGAAUAACAGGCCAACCUGGAGAAGAGAGAUUGCUAGCCAGUAGCAGAAAACCAAUCAGAAAUGGAGGGGGAGGGGGGAAUGCAAGCAACCUGACAAAACGAAUAUCAAACCAUCAGAUCAGUUUGGUUUGAAAUUGUGUUCAAGAAUUGGCUGUUAACAGUUCAAAUCGAACCAGUGCAGCACACCCCUAAUUUAAGGCUUACAAGGGAAGAGCCGGCACUUCUGAACCCAGAAGGAAAAUGGUAGGAAGUGAGAUUGGUAUAAUAUCAGAUUAAAUUAAAUUAAAACAUUAAAAACAUUUAAAACCCAGUAUAAAAAAUUGUAAAACUAUGAAUCUAAUUAAAAGCCUGGGUGAAUAAAUGUCUCUUCAGUGCCUUUUUUUAAGUUGCCAGAGAUGGGGAGGUUGUUAUUUCAACAGGGAGCUCAUUCCAAAGUCCAGGGGCAGCAACAGAGAAAGCCUGUUCCUGAGUAGCCUCCAGAUGAGUUGGCGGCAACCACAGACAAACCUCUCCAGAUGAUCUUAACAGGUGGUGGGGCUCACAGCAAAGAAGAUGCUCUCUGAAAUACCCAGGACCUAAGCUUUAUAGGUGAUAAUUUGUGUCUUUUAGAGCAUUCAGAGCAUUCAGCACUGAAGCCCGGCCUGCCAAAUCCUCAUAAGGUUGUAGCUGGUCAGCAGUCUCACUGGGACUUGGUCAUCACUAACAUACUCUGGAUACUGGAUACUGUGCAACAAAAUAUAUUUCAAACCUAAUAGUUUAUCUCCAAGUUAAAUAGUUUGCAAAAUGGCAUCAUGCACUUGGAAUUAAAUGAUGUUCUUUUGGUAGGUGUUUUUCAUGCAGAAGAGGACAAAGGGAGAACAGAUCGUAGGUCUGCUGAUGGGAACAUGAGGUACAUCUGCUGAGUGUCGCCAUAAAUGUCACUCUUUCCAAACAGCUUCCAAUAAUACAUGUGAUUCUGGAAGGAUUGCCCAAAAGCCUCACUGGCUGCCAGACUCUUCCUUCCAGAAUGUCUGAGUGGGGCUACAGGACUGGAAAAUUUCACCCCACACACUCUCCUGCUACAUGAUAUAAGGAGACCUAGCAGACAGCUGGGCAUUCACUUGGGACCUCACUAUGCAGUCCAGCGUCUUCUUCCUAUUUCUGGGGCUCCUUUUGCCCAGAGACAGCAUGCCAUUUCCUUCCAGACAGGAUGCUACAGGUCCUGCUCAGCCUUUUCCCACAGAGAGUUGGACUGCACUCGAGCUGACCCUGGCUAAAGUGGAGAAAGAGAAGCAUGCCACGGAGAAUAAGGUUAAGAACCUCACAGAAGAGAUGGCUGGCCUGGAUGAGAUCAUUAUCAAGUUGACCGAGGAAAAGAAGGCUCUGCAGGAGACCCACCAGCAAGCUCUGGGUGACCUACAAGCCAAGGAAGACAAGGUCAACACCCUCACAAAAGCCAAGCUUAAGCUGCAGCAACAGGUGGAUGAUUUGGAGGGCUCCUCCGAGCAAGAAAAGAAGAUCCGGAUGGGCCUAGAAUGGCCGAAGCUGGAAAGCGACUUGAAGCUGACCCAAGAGAGCAUCAUGGAUUUUGAGAACGACAAACAACAGCUGGAUGGGAAUCUGGAAAAGAUAGAAUUUAAGCUCAACAUGCUGAAUGCUAGAACUGAAUUUGAGGAAGCAUUGGGUCGCUGGCUGCAGAAGAAGAUCAAAGAGCUCCAGAUGCAGAUCGAAGAACUGGACGAGUUGAUAGAGGCGGAUCAGCAAGCGGCUGGAAGAGGCGGGUGGCGCCACCUCCAUGCAGACUGAGCUGGACAAGAAGCAGGAGACCAAAUUCCAGAACAUGCGGCAAGACCUGGAGGAGGCCACACUCCACCACAUGGCCACGGUGGCGGCCCUGCGCAAGAAACAUGCCAACUAGGGAUGUGCAUGAAUCGAUUUUUUGUUUUGAUUUGAACCCAAAUUGAAACACCCCCAAUUUGUUUUGGGUCCAAAUCUGACACACACCGCUCCAAUCACCCCUGAUUCGAUUUGUACCCAAAUUUUCCAAAUCCGAAUCCGAAUUGAUUCGGAUUUUUUAAAAGGCGUCCCAGGGCUAAAAGAGUGAGGAUUAGUGCCCAACGGAUGGAAGCUAACACCCUAAUUUCAAAGAAAUUGGGCAAAGGGGUGAUUUUUAAAGAAAUGUUGAAGUUUUCGUGUCUUUAAGAUUUUCCCCAUAGGGAAUAAUGGGGAUUUCAGCUGCCUUAGUUAGAACUCCCCGGGGGAGUGGCACCAAGGUGGCCCAGGGUGGGUUGUGGUGGGUAGUAGUGCCCAAUGGGUGCAAAGAUUUGAAAGGAAUUGGACAAAGGGCUGAUUUUUUAAGAGUUUCUGAAGUUGGUAUGUCUUUGGGGCAGAUUCGGAGCAGAUAGGGGGUUUCGGGGGCAGAAGAGUGGAUCGGGUGGUAGUGCCCCAAUGGGUGGCUGCUACCACACAUUUCAAAGGAAUUGGUCAAAGGGCUGAUUUUUUAAAGAAUUUGUGAAGUCUAUGACAAACAAUGAAUCUACUCCCAUUUGCUACCAGAGAAUCUACACUCAGAAUACAUCAGAAACAAAAUAUGCAGUACCCCAUGGGCUUGUGGGCAUGGGGGUGGUUGGCACCCUAUGUGUACUAUACCACAACUCACUCUGGGUCACCCUGGUGCCCCCCAAGUGGAGUUAUGGGAUGCUGAAACCUCCAUUAUUCCCUGGGGAGGGGGGAAGGUUAAAGAUGCGCAAACUUCAAAAAUUCUUUAAAAAUCAGCCCUUUGCCCAGUUCCUUUGGAAUCUGGAUUGUAGCAGGCACCCAUUGGGGCACUACCACCCAACCCACACAUCUGCCCCUGAAGCCCCUUUUCUGCCCCAAAGAUGCCUCAAUGUUACACAAACCUCACAAAUUCUUUAAAAAUCAACCCUUUGCCCAAUUCCUUUCAAAUCUGCUUGGUAGCCUGACCCACUGUGGCACUCCUAAGAGGCACCCACAGGCAGAAAUGGGCACUGUCUGUCCCCAUUGUCCCAUAGGGUGGAUGCAGCACACAUCGCCAACAACAACAGCAGAGCUUUGCAAAGAAAAAGGUUUCCAAAGGUCAUGCACAUCCUAUGUGUCACUCACCACAUCCACUGUGUCCCACCACCACCAUCCCAGAAAUGCAAUGGAUCUACACACAACAGUGUGGAACAACAACAAUGAAAUGCACUGCCCCACGCACACCCUCUGAAUACAGGGUAACAGCAGCAGCCAGCAACAAGCAAGUAAAUAAGUGUGAUAUCACAGAUGCUGCAGACUAGGGCUGCAGACUAGGGCCAACAACAGCAUCACAUGUGCCCUGCCCUCCCUCCCCCAAGCAUUUCUCAUCCACAAGCAACAGACAGACACAGCUACAUCUGUGGCACCCGGCCAUAAAAGCAGGUUAAGUAAGGAUGCAAAACAACAUUCUGCCAGUGGAACAGCGAGGUUUACCCCCCCCCCGCGCCCCCACCUGACAACAACAGUACACAAUAUUUUGGCACAUUUCUUUGACAUUUCUGCAACAGAUUGGAGCCUGUGGCACCAGCAGCACAACCUAUUGUAGAUGCAAGCAAUCUAGUUUGAAUAAAAACACUGGUGAUGCUAGAAGUCACAAUAUGACCCAAUCUUUAUUGCAAAGAAAUGCAGAGAGAGAGAGAGAGAGAGAGAGAGAGAACCUGUCCUGUGCCCAUCCAUCAGGUCACCAAAAUACACAGGCACAACAACAAACCAAACCAAGGCAUCUGAAUUGCAUUACAGACUUAAGAUCAUGUAGGGGGAAGCAUAGUAUACCUGUGCAUAUGUGCUCUGCGAAAGGGUUAGUGCGUUUAGGGUUAAAAUUCACCAUUCUCAGGCUGGUAGUGCGGCUGUGCCUGUGUCCGUGUCUGGAUGUGUCAGCAGCAGAACACAGAGACUGUGACACAUCUUGGUCGGGAUGAGCUGCCGUGACAUGGGAGGCACUGCAUAGGGGGGUGAUGCGAGUCACUCACCUUCUACAGCCUGCUUGAGGUAGCCAAGCAGGGGGAGGUUGGCCUUCAAGAAGACCAGCUGCUCAGCCAACUCAGCAUCCAGACGUGAGCAUAGAGGGAUCACCACAUCCCCGGCCAUGGAGAACAACCUCUCGCUCGAGACACUGGUUGGCAGGCAUGAGAGGAACCGACCAACAAUGGUUGCCAAGUCUGGCCAGACAUGGUGACAUGUUGCCCAAAAUUGGCAUGGCUCCAUCCCUUGGUCAGGUAGAGCAGAACAGACUGCUCAGCAUGACUGCAGGGAGAGGCAGGUCCUCCUGUCCCCCUGGCAAGACAGCAGAGAAGCCCUCUGUGAACCACCGAGCGGCAGAACGCGGAGAUGGCACUGGCCGCUCCAUUGGUGCCACUCCAGAGAAACCGUGCUGCUGCACUGGGAAGAAGUGGUAGUGGUGGUGGCAGUGCUGCUGGGGGCAAGCAGUGGGCAAAUAUUGCUCCGCCUAGAUGUGCAAGGUUGAUAGAGAAGUAUCCCAACAGACUCAAGGCUGUUAUUAAAGCAAAAGAUGGUUCAACAAAAUAUUGACAUUGGGGGGGUGAUCCUUUUUCAAUCUCAGUAAUUCUUGUUUUUUUGUCUCUGACACUUUUUCUGGACUGUAACUGUGAUGUUUUUCAGUUGGAUGUUAUAGGUUGCAUUGGAUAAGUACAGCUGGUGAAGGGAA